AUGGCGUUCAACCCGCGAAUGUCAAUUUUGCCGCCGAACCAGCAUCGCAGUGCCCGGCCCAAAGACGUGCCCGACCUGCUCGUGCGGCUCACAGACAAGGAGAUUGUCGCGUGCGUUGCCGACAUGGGCAUCCCGUUCUCGGUCGCCGACCUGCAGAAACCGAACCCGCUGCUCGUCCAGAAAAUCUUUGAGUGGUUCGCCGAGGAGCUGCUCAACGUGUCGCGCGAAACGGUGGAGCCGGCGAUGCGGGCGGCCGCCGAAGAGGUGUGCGGCAGCGAGUACGGCGACGUGCUGAUGCCGGCGGACACGCGGUGCCUGAUGGGCUUUUGCGCGUCGCUGCGCGUGCUGCUGGCCGAGUGCUGCGUGCGCGACUUUAGCCUCAACGACCUGUACCGGCCCACCUACGAGCGCCUCGUGAUGAUCCUGAGCUACCUCAUCAACUUUGUGCGCUUCCGCGAGGGCCAGGGCCACAUUGUCGACCAGCACGCGCAGCGGGGGGCCAUGACGCGGCAGCGCGCCGACGAGCUGUACAGCGCGAACCAGGACCUCGAGCGGCGGCUCGAGGCGCUGCGCGCGGCGCGCAGCGCGGCCGAGGCCGAGGUGCGGGAGAAGAUGCAGCGCAACGACGCGCUGAAGCGCAACCUGGUGGAACUGCAGCGCAGCCAGCGGCAGGUGGGCGCGCGGCUGGACGAGGCGCGCGAGCGCAAGAAGCAGCUGGUGGACCAGCUCGAGCGUCGCACGCAGUCCAAGGUUGUGCUGCGGCAGGAGAUUGCCAAGCUGCAGCCGUACGUCCUGCAGAGCCCGGCGUCGCUGCAGACCAACCUGGCCGACCUGUCCAACACGCUGAGCAACAACCGCGCGCACAUUGAGUCGCUCGAGCGGCGGGCGCGCGCCCUGCAAACAUCGGCAGACUCGUUCCACGUGGUGGCGGGCGACGUGGCGGCGUGCAUCAAGCUGCUGGACGAGAUUGGCGCCGAGCUGGGCAAGGAGGAAGAGGACAAUGCCAAGAAGAGCCGGCAGCGCGACGCGCUGACGGAGCGCGGCGCGGACGUCAAGGAGGUCGAGCGGGCGGAGCUGAUGCUGCAGAAGCAGCUGGCCAAGUGGAACGAGCGCACGGAGAAGCUGCGCGAGCAGAGCGCGCAAAAGGCGCAGGAGGCCAAGGAGAAGAUGGAGGAGCUCAAGCAGAUCCACCGGACGCUCAACGAGGAGCGCAGCGACAAGGGCCGCGACAUUGAGAAGCGCCGCGUGCGCAUCGAGCAGACGGAGAAGAAGAUGCUGGACCUCAAGGAGAACAUUGAGAACGAGGUGCACAACGCCUACGACGAGUACCUCAAGAUGGAGUCGCACAUCAAGCUGUACAUUACGGAGAUGGAGCAGACGAUCUGUCGGCGGGGACCCGUGCUCAACACGGGCAUCUUUUCGUCCCAGACGUCUGUGCUCCCUGUGGUCUCGGUGCCUUCCAUCUGCCGUCGUCCCCCGUCCACGACCAACACAUCCAGCCCCGUCCGCCAGCCUGCCUCCACCAGCACGGCCACCGACGCACUGAGGCCCUGGCUGCUCCACUCGCUCGUGUCCCGGUGCAGCCGCAAAAAGUCGUACACCACCAGAGCCCGAUCACCACGACGGGCGGGCGGGGGCGAACCACCGGAGGACACGAGAGUGUCGGCUGCCGGUGGUGCCGUCACGCGGCUCGCUGCCAGGUCGAGGGCGGCCAAGAAGCCACGCAGGUGGGCGACGGUCGGCACAAAAGCGACGCGGAUGUGGCGGGCAACAGCAACCUGCAGCAGAGAUGCCGUGUGCAAGACGCCGUCGCCGUCGCCGUCGCCAUCGUUUCCCUGGCCGGCGUCAUCCACACAGCGACGCACAAAGUCGGUGCUGGACGAGCACACGAUCAGUGUCGUCGGAUGGGCACAAUGUGCCAGCACAUGGGCCAGCAGUGCCGUAGGGCGUACAGGCGGCACAACGACAACGGGGCUGCCCAUGGCGGCAGUUUGGUUCUUCAGUCGGCGUCCGGCGCCGGUUUCAUGGUGUCAUGGAGGGCAGCGUGCAGAAAGACGUGUAUAG